AAGACCAGGAUGCCAGGGCACAACAGAAAACAAUCACUCCGCUUCGCAAAUGCAGUUCAAUUGCUGGCAGGGGAUUGGGGCGGGGGAAAUGAAACAAAUAGUUGAUGUGGUAACGAAAUUCGUUGAUGGUCGAAACAGUCGUUUUGUUGAGCCUGCAGCGGCAUGAUGAAGUUUCUAAAACAAAUAUUCGUAUUUUAUCUCUUGUUUGCGGCAACAAUUGCAAAUUGUCCCUUGGGCGGUGGUGGUGGUGGCGGUGCUGCUGUUGUUGGUGGUGGUGUCAGUGCAAAUAGAAUAACCCAAAAGACCAUUUCCAAAGGAUUUUUGAUUAAAAGCAUUAUGCGGUUAUUGACAAAAGUAGAGCGAAGCAAUGAUAUAAAUGUUAAUAUGAAAUUUGCAGUGAUUUUGAGUGAAUUCCUUAUCAAACAGAGUCAACGAUACAUCGAAUCCAAUCGAUAUGAACAACAGGUCUACUAUCAUCUCUUGCAGAAACUGGACAAUGUCAUACGUCGAAGUGAUGAUGCCGAUUUCGAUAAAGUCCAUAAAACAAUUUUAGAUAACAUAUUCCAAAAGAAUGUCCUGCUCAAGCCACCGGUUCUUAAAGAACGUCACAUCGAUACACAUUUCGAAUAUAAAUCGUUGGGUAAAAACUAUUCACAAUUGGCUGAAAUGGGUAAUCCGAACAUAACGCAGUCCGAUGAAUGUCUGGCUGCCUUGGCUACAUUGGAUUCCAGGUGUCAGGUGCCACAGGAGUGUCUGGAUAUAAUGGUCACAGAUUUGCCCACCUACGGCUAUAAGAGAAUGCAUCAAAUACUACUCUUAUAUGUGUUCAUGCAUCAUAUUUGUGCCCCAAACCUGGGCUCGGAUACAGCUUAUGAGAUUUUGGCCAGCCAGAAAUGUACUCAGGUCUAUCGUGAACAGAAUGUCAUACGUCAAAUGAAUAUCCCCGAUGCCUUUCGGGAUUUAUAUUUAGAGCAAAAUGUCAUUUGUGGUCUCUUUGGCUAUGUGGAAUUUAUGAAUUGGCAUAACCUGGUCACGGUCUCCAAUUGGCCGCAAGAGAAUGAGUGUCUUUGCCUCUUCAUCAAUGGCGAGAGUAAAAUCGAUUGCAAUUGUUCGAAUCACAUCAACAGCUUGGUAUUGGUUUACUACGUCAAUGGAUUUUUGUUAUUGAAUUAAUGUCGGAUUGUUAAAUGAAAAUAUCGGGAAUAUUAUACAAUGUUAUUGAAGUAUAUUUUAAAAUACCAAAAUUAUUAGAAAAAUUGGAAAGUGGUCUAUAUGAGUUUAAACGAAAUCGAAUCUAUAUCUGUAUGUGUAAACAAUUAUCAAUGUAAGUGUCCUCUAUGAAUAA